GCUAGCGGUCUGGGCAAGUAGUACUGAUAGCUAAUGUAGCUAGCUAGUUAGUUAUAUAAGAUAAGUUGGUAAAUAUCACACAGGUAUUUUUGGCAGUAAAGUUAGCUUAGCUAGGUAACUAGCAGGUUAUAUUAUAGUGAAAAGGGGGAGCGGUCAACUGUUGUAGUUAGUUAACUUACAGCUGAAGUUAUGUUAAUUGUCAUGUUUCGCACAUCACGCCCACAACGUAGGAAGUUAUCACGCAGACUGAAAUUAACAGUACUUUUCCCAGAGCUUUCUCUGGAACGCUUUAGCAAUCAGAACCGCCAGCUGUCUAUGUUACAGGGAAUUGACUUCAAAAUUAGAACAAUUGAGCUGGAUGGCAAGAAAAUCAAGCUUCAGAUCUGGGAUACAGCAGGACAGGAACGAUUUAGAACCAUUACCACAGCAUACUACAGAGGAGCAAUGGGUAUUAUGUUGGUAUACGACAUCACCAAUGAGAAGUCAUUUGAGAACAUUAAAAACUGGAUCAGAAACAUUGAGGAGCAUGCAUCAUCAGAUGUGGAAAGAAUGAUUUUGGGGAACAAAUGUGACAUGAAUGACAAAAGACAAGUGUCAAAAGAGAGAGGGGAGAAGCUAGCCAUUGAUUAUGGGAUCAAGUUCUUAGAGACUAGUGCAAAAUCCAGCACAAAUGUGGAAGAGGCCUUCUUCACCCUCAGCAGAGACAUUAUGACCAGACUUAAUAGGAAAAUGAAUGAGAAUAACCCGUCGGGAGGAGGUCCAGUCAAGAUCACAGAGAAUCGUUCCAAGAAGCCCAGUUUCUUCCGCUGCAUUCUUCUUUAACCCUGAAAUUCUUACAGCUUCAGUGUGCGAGGAUGCGCGUGUGUCUGAGAAGGUGUGUUAGGAUCAUGUUUUUUGGAGCUCAGCCUGUGUAUGUUUGAGGCAGCCUGCAGUACCUCAGGAGUGUGAGCUGCUGCCGAGAGCUCUGGACACCCUUCCUCAGAAAUAUAUACUGAAGGCUUAAAAAAGAAAAGGAAGAUGGAGCUCAGCUGGUUUGCUAUUAGUGCCCCCCAGAAAAAAACAAAACAAAUCAAAGGUUCCUAAUCAUCCUCAGCAAGUUGCUACCAAAGCUUGUAAAGGCACUUUUUACGAAACAGUGUUAAAACAACAUUGUAGCAUUUACAUAUGAAGAUACUUUCGAUUAGUUUUACAUGACAGUCAUUAUGGAUUAUGAAGGAAAACAUAAGAGCGUACUGGCUAUAUGACCUUUACCCAGUAUGGGGCUAGUUUAGGGUCAAGAAUACUGACAUGAAUGAACAUAAAGUUACAGAAACUAUGAACUGAAGGAUCUCCAUUGAUUAACCUGAAGGACUUCUUAGGAAAAGCUCUUUAUCUUAUUUUUUAAAGAUGACAUGUUUUUUUUGGUCUUGAGAAAAAUGACUUUUGAUGUUUACAUUGAAUAUGUUUGUAGGAAAUUUCAUACGACAUUUAAAUAGAAAUUAUUUGUGUGAGGAAAACAUAGGCAGACUUUUCUAAACUGUUCCAAACAGGCCAAUGCUAAAAUUGCAGGAACAGAGGUAUUUCACAGAAAGCAGUCUUCCUAUCUUCCUCCUAGCUUAUGCCACCAUAAAAACAAAAACCAAAGUGACCGAAAACUAAUGAUGCUGUGGGAUGGGUCAUAGCUGUUAUAAGUGUUUUUAGGGCCAUGAAUGUUUUCCUUUCUUCCUGAAAGGAUGGCCAUCCUACAUGCUAACAUGGUUAACAGUGAACGAAAGCUGGUUUGGACCUGACAGUAUUUUCUGAGUCUAGCCCCUACUUUCUUUCAUUUUUAGCAAGGUUAGUGUUUGUGGGUAAAUAAUUCCUGUAAUAUCAUGUACAUUCCGUGUUCUGAUUGAAAUUGUAUACACACACAGUGUAGACAGAUGAGGAAGACUCUUGUCCAAAUGCUUGUUGAAGCAGCAGCCAGCUUUGCCUCAACUGGGCCCUGAAUAUUAAUUCACAUUAUUAUGUUUACUAAUGGUAAUAUAUUUUUAUACUUUAUCCAAGGAAGCACCUGUUACUUACCAUUCCAUAAAAACCACUUCAAGCAUGUUAACCUGUUCUAAAUCAACCUGUUGUUAAGAUGUUGAUUUUAUAUAUAUAUAUAUAUAUAUAUAUAUAUAUAUAUAUAUAUAUGUAUGUGUGUGUGUGUGUGUGUGUGUGUGUGUGUGUACAUAUAUAUAUAUAUAUAUAUAUGUAAAAUAAUUGCAGUGUAUUUACAGUAUGUUGAUGUUGUUUUGUCUUUUCUGAUUCCUCUUUUUUAAGAUUCCAUAAGUGUGAAUUUAUUGUGUAGUGUUUACAGUACCACUGCUACAGUAUUUUUUUUUUCUGUUCUUGCACUAUUUGCUGUCUGUCUGAAAGACCUGUCCAGUUUGAAAAACCACUGGGACCCUAUUAGAGGGGUCUGUCUUAAUCACUUGCAAUAAAUUGUGAUACCUCAGUACUGAUUGUGUGGAACAGUGCAGAGGUGGUUAACCUUUCCAGAUUCCUUGAGUCAAAUAUUAAAGUCCUAACCCUAAGAUGGUUCCAGUUGACCCUUAGGACAUUAGUAUACCAGUCUAGUUAUCAUUAAAUUUAUUCAUUUUAUUCCACAUUCUACUGAUUUUGUUUAAUGGCAGUCCAUGACUCCGGUUAUCAUUAAAUCUAUUCAUUUAUUCCACAUUCUACUGAUUUUUGUUUAAGGGUACAUGAUUGCUUGAGUUUCAUUGGCUGUUUGGGCCUAACAGAUAUUCUUAAUGACCUCUAUGGUCCAAAUUUGAAAAUGCAUGCUGGCACAUGUGCAUACUUUACAAUGUAACAAUGACAGCAUUCAGUCUCCCAUGAUCUUAUGAUCUUAAUAGUACAAUUACACAGCUUCUGUCCCUUGAAGUACUUUUUAACAUGUCUUCCUCAAUUCCUUGUCUAUUCUGUAACACAUAUAUAUAUAUAUAUAUAUAUAUAUAUAUAUAUAUAUAUAUAUAUAUCAGUGUGAACUGAUACUGUAUAAAGAUUAAACUAUCUUUUGUAAAUUAAA